UGCUCGGGUCGGGUGGUGCUGCUGCUGGUGCUGUGCGAGGUGAAACAAGGCUGGUGCAUGCGUAAACCGUCCAAUCACUUGUGAAGUCUUCGUUUCGUGCUAUAAACGGCUGAUUCUUGUUUACCUGCACAAAUUCUGGUGCACAGUCUGGUAAAAAAUCUGUUUUCGCAAAGCUGGCAGAUGCGAUAAUGGCAAAUUCAAGGCCCAAUUAAGGCCUCAUGACACAACCACUCAACUGUAUGUUUGACGACGCAACGCUCUCUCCUUGGAACAAAUCUUCUCGAGGUUCAAUUUUUACUGAGAACAUUUUGAGACAUAACAGCGAUGUCUGCUGAAGAGGAGGGCUCGCAGUGGUUGAUUUCCAUCCUGAGGGAGGUCCAGCUUGAGCAGUUCUUCACUCGAAUCAGGAACGACCUCCAAAUUACAAGACUUGAACAUUUUGAAUAUGUUCAAGUGGAAGACCUGGAAAAAGUGGGUAUGAGUCGGCCCAGCAUUCGCCGUUUGCUGGAGCAUGUAAAGAAAAAGAAGACUCAGCUACGAAAGAAAAAUAUUCUGAACAGGUUGAUUCCUACAAAUUCAAAAUCCAGUGACUCCCUGAAGAAGUCAUCGAACACCUCCGAUUAUGUGCCUGUCAGCACAACAUGUCUGAUUCAAGAAAAGGACGUCUCUCUUGGUGCAAAGCUGGGCGAUGGCUCCUUUGGUGUUGUUCGGAAAGGGACGUGGAACACUCCUGAUGACCGCUCAGUCCAAGUAGCUGUGAAGGUUCUGAAAGCUGACGCCCUCAGCCAGCCUGGCACUCUCGAAGACUUCAUUAAAGAAGUUCAGUCCAUGCACCAGCUAGACCAUCCGAACCUCAUUCGCCUUUUUGGCAUUGUUUUGUCCAACCCCCAAAUGAUGGUUACGGAACUCGCACCUUUAGGCUGCUUGCUUGACUACCUCCGCAAGCAGUGCCAGCACACUCCCAUCACAAGCUUGCAUGACUAUGCCCUCCAAGUAGCAACAGGAAUGGCCUAUUUGGAAACAAAACGGUUCAUCCACCGAGAUUUAGCUUGCAGGAAUAUUCUUCUUGCCUCUCCUGAAAUUCUCAAAAUUGGCGACUUCGGUUUGAUGCGAGUUUUGCCGCAACAGGAGGACUGCUACAUCAUGACGGAACGCAAAAAAGUCCCUUUCCCUUGGUGUGCCCCCGAGAGUCUCCGAAGCAGGCAGUUCAGCCAUGCCUCUGACAUCUGGAUGUUUGGGGUGACUGUCUGGGAAAUGUUUACAUUUGGCGAGGACCCUUGGAUGGGUCUCAACGGAACUCAAAUUUUGAGGAAGAUUGAAAUCGAUGGGGAAAGACUGCCCCAGCCAAAUGCCUGCAGCGACGAACUCUACCAGAAGUUGCUAGAAUGCUGGGCUAAGGUACCUGCAGAAAGACCAACUUUCAGGGAGAUCUAUGAUUACUUCCUGAGCAUCUGUCCACCUGUGAUGAGAGCAACACAACCUUACGAAGAGGAAGGCAGACUGAAGCUAGCCUAUGAUGACCCUAUCGUGAUAAUUGAAGGAAAGACAGAGUGCCACUGGUGGAAGGGCCAGAACCUUUCAACGUUUGACAUUGGCCACUUUCCUAGGGCCUUCGCAAACCCUCUAAGAAAAAAAGGCACAGAGGACAUCAGCAAACCCCUCAAGAACUCGUUCAUCCACGCUGGGCACGGCUCGGCUUUUGGUCAGAGUUGGGGAAGUCCUUCUCAUAUUGACGAGGUUUACCUGAGAAAUCCAAUGGAACCACCCGACUUGCUAGGGAUUGACGGUGACUCAAAGGCUCGAGGAAGGAAAAAAAAACUUUCGCCAGGAAGCAGUUUGAAAACGCAGAGAGCACAGAAGCAGCAGUACAGCUAUCACAAAUUCCAAAACGAGUUUCCCAACGAGAGUUCUUACUCGAAUGUGAGCAGCCCCACUCAUCAGCCACCACCACCAAGUUCAGUCCAAAGAUCUGAUGCGGUGCUCAUAGAUCUGUCCGAAGAUCCAAGACUGCCAACUCAAAGUUUGUCUUCCGUCCCUGCAAAUUCUCAACUUGCCAUAAUUGAUCAACCUUUCGAUGUACCAGAAGUUACAGGACUUCCAGGUCAAGAUUUUAGCUUUGAUGCAUUGGACUUAUCUCAAGGGCGUUCAUAUGCAAAUGUUGCCCACCUGUCCUCUCAUAACUCUGACCGCUUGUCGCCUGACCCAUUUGACACAUCUCACGUCCAGACUGGGCGUUAUUACUCGACUGCUUCAUUCAACUUAGAGCCCACGACCACGACAGCCACUUGCAUUGACGACUGGCAGUCUUUCAAUUCACCGGUUUCAUCUGACUACGAUCUGACGGCUGAUUUCCAGAACCUUUCAUUGCCAAAGAAGUGCCAGAUUUUCACUGACCUACAAAAAGACCUUGGCAAGGAAGAGCUGCUUGCAAAUUUGGACACCAAAGAGAAGUUUGAGAUCUACAAUAUUCCCAAAUUGAGGCCGCCCCAGAGCUUGAGCAAAAGCACUUCUCAAGUAAAAAAUUCGUGGGAUAAAACGGCUCCUGCAGGGGCUACUUGUCUAAGUCUCUCAGGUUUUGCUGGUGCAGAUGAAUGCGCUGGUGCUGCAAAUUUGAUGAAGCCAAGCCUCUCGUCCCACGGUGACCUAGCAGCGCCCCCGAAGUACCAACCUGAGCAUCAGCUGUGCGGGUCGUCAAGCAAAAUAGCUUUGGUGUUAGAACAAGUCGGGGGUGGUGCUGAAGAGGAGGGAGCAACUGCACUGCGCGUCAGUGAUGGAAAUGUUAUGGCUGCUGUUAGGCACAUCAAACUGGAACGCUUAACAAGGUUGGGACUGGCUCCCAAGAUUCAGUGUGAAGAGGCUCUGCGCAGUGCAGGCUGGAACCUGGAAGCUGCUGCUUCAAACCUGUUACAAGCCGCAGCGAACGGAUAAGCGGAAUUAGUCAUCGAUGUCCUUUGUUCACGUCUCAAUGUGCAUUUUUUUACACCGUAUACUCUCUAUUAUUUACCGUCCACUUCUGUAUCAAUUUAAAUAUGCAGGCUAUAUUAAGCAUUUAAAUGUUCCAAUCUUAACUAUCCCUAUUUCUUUCACACAAAAAUUUGUUAUCCAAUCCUGGUGUGAUAUAACAUUUGUAUUUAUCCAGGAGACUUCAUUUAUUUUAAUUUUCCAACGAUUGCCAAAUAAUACAAAGUAUGGAUGCACCCCAACACAAUUUAAGUCGCAGAUAUACUUGCAUCUUAUAAUAUCUUCCUCAGACUAAGCAGUUUAAUUGUUUAUUAAAACAUAUCCCAAUGUACUGCAUAGUCAAGCUGAUUAUUUAAUCUUUAAUCGAUUGUGAGAGAGCCUAUAACAUGAUAAUAUACUCAAUUUCAAUGCAAGAGAAAAAAAAGAGUUAAAAUUGCAUUUUUACAACAUAAUAUAUUUUCUGUUAGCAUACAUCGACGUUCAGACAGAAUUAAUCCGAAUUAAUCUGUUGUUGGUUGAUAAUGCCUGAUUAAGAAAUCAAGCCCACUAGCUGUUCAAUAACUUUCGGUACUUUUGCUGACCAAAGUUUGAUCUGCAGUUCAAAUAAUUCGAUUGAGAGAAUUUAAAGCUAUAGAUUUGUAUAAUUUUAUGAGUAGAAUAUUUUGCUUUGAACUGAAUAAAGUUUAGAAAACAGAUUUAUUUCCUCCAAACUAUU